CGGAAGAAGGCGCAAGCAAUGGAGGGGAACCGGGAUGAGGCGGAGAAAUGUGUCGAGAUCGCCCGGGAGGCCCUGAACGCCGGCAACCGUGAGAAGGCCCAGCGUUUCCUGCAGAAGGCUGAGAAGCUCUACCCGCUGCCUUCGGCCCGCGCACUAUUGGAAAUAAUUAUGAAAAAUGGAAGCACAGCUGGAAAUAGCCCUCAUUGCCGAAAAUCAUCAAGUGGUGGUGUUCAGAACAAGACUAACUGCACAAAGGACAGCACAUCGGGUAGUGGUGAAAGUGGAAAAGGCUACACCAAAGAUCAAAUAGAUGGAGUUCUCAGCAUAAACAAAUGUAAAAAUUACUAUGAAGUACUUGGCGUUACAAAAGAUGCUGGUGAUGAAGAUUUGAAAAAAGCUUAUAGAAAGCUUGCUUUGAAGUUUCAUCCAGACAAAAACCAUGCACCUGGAGCAACAGAUGCUUUUAAAAAGAUUGGGAAUGCAUAUGCUGUUUUAAGCAAUCCAGAAAAACGAAAACAAUAUGACCUCACAGGCAAUGAAGAACAAGGUUGUAAUCACCAAAGCAAUGGCAGAUUUAACUUCCAUCGAGGUUGUGAAGCAGAUAUAACUCCAGAAGAUUUGUUUAAUAUGUUCUUUGGUGGAGGAUUUCCUCCAGGUAGUGUACAUUCAUUUUCAAAUGGACGCGCUGGUUAUAGCCAUCAGCAUCAGCAUCGACAUAGUGGACAUGAGAGAGAAGAUGAAAGAGGAGAUGGUGGUUUUUCUGUAUUUAUCCAGCUGAUGCCCAUCAUUGUAUUGAUACUGGUAUCACUAUUAAGCCAGUUGAUGGUCUCUAAUCCUCCUUAUUCCUUAUAUCCCAGAUCUGGAUCAGGACAAACUAUUAAAAUGCAGACUGAAAACUUGCGUGUCGUUUAUUAUGUCAACAAGGACUUUAAAAAUGAAUAUAAAGGAACGCUAUUACAAAAAAUAGAAAAGAAUGUUGAAGAAGAUUAUGUGACUAAUAUCCGAAAUAAUUGCUGGAAAGAACGACAACAAAAAACAGAUAUGCAAUAUGCAGCAAAAGUAUACCGUGAUGAGAGGCUUCGAAGAAAGGCUGAGGCACUGAGCAUGGACAACUGUAAAGAACUGGAACGGCUAACGAGUAUCUACAGAGGAGAAUGAACUGGAAUUUUUAAUUAUACCUCUUAUCAUACUCUUUCUUAUUUUUCUGUAAGUAAGUUUAGUUUCAUCAUGAGAGCUGAAGAAAAAGGUUUGAUAUUAAAAACUAACUGAAUAGUUGCUCCCUGAAAUCUUGGACUCUUUAUGACUUACUGGCUCCUUUAAACAGUAAGAAAUGGAAAACUAAAUAUUUUAGUUCUACAAUUAUUUUCAUGUUAAAAACUGUGUGGUUUCUAACUGAAAAUGUCUCAAGAAAGAGGAUUAUCCCACUUGUAGCAAUUUCCAAGUCUUAGUAAUUCUCCACUUUUUCCUCUUGUAAUGUAAAUAUUUAUGGAAUAAUCAUUUUGUGUACAUACUGCUUAUUGCCUUUUAUUUAAAGUCUUUUAAGUGUUUAGCUCCAUGAGACACUUCUACUUAAAUUGAUGGAAUAAACAUUAUAUGGCAAUUCUACUCUUGUUAGGUGUCAAAUGUGUGGAGUUUAAACAGUGAAAGUU